AUGACCAAGACCAAGACCGGUCUCUUAGGGGGGAUUUCUCCCUGCAAGUGCGUGUGGUUGUCAUUCAAAAUCAUCUUAGCCUGUGCCUCUGAGUUCUUUGAGAAAUUAUUUCAAAAAGAUUUGAAGAAAUUUUUGUUAGAUGAAACAACUCCAGAAGUUUUUCAGAUAUUCCUCGAUUUUAUAGACGCACCUGACGAUAGGAAACUCUGCAAACUAGAUCCGGAUGUAUUGAUGUGUUUUGAGAGAUGCAAAAAAAUCCUAUUAGACCUGUCCCCUGGCAUGGCACCAGGUGCCCUAAUUGCACUCUUUGCAAUAUCGCAUCGUUCGGAUCACAAUCUAUUAAUGGAGCAAUCCAUUGAAGUUCUGCAACAUAAAUGGAGGAACGAAAUGGACCGCCCAUCUACUGUCACCAUGGGAAUCGACUGCUUCGAAUAAUAUUUCAAAAACACCUCGGUAAUCUAUUCUUCGCGGAGGCGUUUUGACAUGUUGGAAAACUGGAUAAACGGAAAUGAUUUCGAUGGUAGACUUUCCGCUCAAAAAGAUAAGAUUUCCGAAAUUAUGAAGAGCAUCAAUUUUCUAGAAAUGUCAUUGGAGGACUUUCAAAAUGGUCCUGGAAAGUCUAGCGUAUUGUCCGAAUCACAGAAGUUGGAAAUAAUGUAUAUAAAUAAAAAAUGAAUGGACUGUAUGGGAGGGAAUGACUA